AUGGCAGCUCCUCGCUCGACUUCUUUGCGCGCCCUUCGCGCGCUCUCUCAGCAACAUGCUGCUACACCCUGCCUCCGCCGGGGCCUGCACAUCACUGGGGUCAACUCUGCACAACCUGUCAACGUUCAGGACCGUACGUCUUUGUACGCUACGCGCAGCUUGGCAGACCUCCAGAGGGAGUGCCACAAGAGGAAAUUGGGAGUCAGCGGCAACCAGAGUGAGCUCGUCGAGCGCCUUGCCAACCACGACUUCCUUCAAUCCCGUGCUUUCAGCAUUGCCAUGAGAAGAAUCAAUGGCAGCUCUGCAGCGGAAUCUGUUCCAACCCGCCAAUUCAACACUUCUCGUGCCAUGAAGGCCGUCAAUGACUCAUCCACUGUGGAUUUUGCAUACCUGCCAUCCAUGGACGAGAUUGAUGCCCCUUCUCGCCCCGCUGAUACUCGCAUUCCGAUCCUUUCCGAUGUCUACACCAACAACAGCUCGAGCCAGCCCUCGAACCCACCCAUGAAGCCCCAGGUACACACUAUCUCCGGGGGCGGGGCCGAUGUCGCAGUCAGCCCCAUGGCCGAAGUUGUUGACAACAACUCAGUGGAUAUCGACCCAUUCUCACUAACCGAGGCGGUUGGCAAAUCCCGCUUCGGCGAGGAGCUUUGGAAGUCCCAGAACGGCUCCAAGGAGCCCGGUGUUGUAAAAGAGCUGUGGAACGGAUUCUUGGAAGACGUUUUAGGUCCCAAGCAGCAGAGUUACCAGAAGCAACACUGA